AUGUCCCCUGCUAUUGCACUGGCGUUCCUACCACUGGUGGUGACAUUGCUGGUGCGAUACCGGCACCACUUCAAGUUGUUGGUGCGCACAGUCUUGCUGAGGAGCUUCAGAGACUGCCUGUCAGGACUGCGGAUUGAGGAACGGGCCUUCAGCUAUGUGCUCACCCACGCCCUUCCUGGGGACCCUAGCCACAUCCUCACUACUCUGGACCACUGGAGCAGCCACUGCGAGUACCUGAGCCACAUGGGGCCUGUCAAAGGUCAGAUCGUGAUGAGGCUGGUGGAGGAGAAGGCCCCUGCUCAUGUGCUGGAGUUGGGCACCUUCUGUGGUUACUCCACAUUGCUUAUUGCUCGUGCCCUGCCCCCUGGGAGUCGCCUUCUCACUGUGGAACGUGACCCACGCACGGCAGCAGUGGCUGAAAAACUCAUCCGCCUGGCUGGCUUUGAUGAGCACAUGGUAGAGCUCAUCACAGGCAGCUCAGAGGAAGUGAUCCCCAAACUAAGAGCUCAACACCAGCUGAGCCGGGCAGACCUGGUGCUCCUAGCACAUCGGCCUCGAUACUACUUGCGGGACCUGCAGCUGCUGGAGGCUCAUGCGCUGCUGCCAGCUGGUGCCACUGUGUUGGCUGACCACGUGCUCUUCCCUGGUGCACCCAGAUUCCUACAGUAUGCUAAGAGCUGUGGCCGCUAUCGCUGCCGUCUCCACCAUACUGGUCUUCCAGACUUCCCUGCCAUUAAGGAUGGCAUAGCCCAGCUCACCUAUGCUGGACCUGGCUGA